CACACUGUGGCGCUCUUUUACACACGCUCAUGUAGACACUCCCUCGCACGUGUGAGCCGAGGCUGAGAUGUGUCUCACACUUUCCCCCCUCGCACACACAUGGACACGCACUGUGGAGCCGGACACGCUGGACUACUGUCACCCACUGGUGGAGACUCGCACAUGAGCGCCGGCAGGACAGCGUCUACCGGUGUGGGUGAACGCAAGGGUGAUGCCAGGAGAGCUUGAGAAGACGGCAAGGAAACAAGCCACACACUCCGUCCUGCGGCGUCCGUCCACAACCCUUCAUCUUUGUCCCAGCUUGUGGAGCUGGCACCUCAGGUUGGACUGUCCUUACUUCUUCCACCACUGUCACAUUUUUCAGACGGAGAAAUUUUACAGGUGAGGAAGAAAGAGAACAAGAUCCGCAGGGUGUCCCGACAGUGUCACUCGUUUUAUUUUGGAGAGUUGGUACUGGGACGUUUUUCAUCCCAAUGUACUGGAUAAGCGUCCUGAUCUAGUGGACUGAGCCGACCAAGGACUAUCAUUCAUUUUUGUUUCUGCGGCCAACAGAUGUGCUGCUGAACCCUUUCAUGCAGGACUGAGUCAAACUUUACAAGACCCCCAGGAGGAGGCUAAGGGUUUAUCUGGACCGAGACUGAGGGGGGGACAUUGGAGUGCUGGUGUUUGGGCAGAUGACAACAUGAAUUGUCCCAUAUGAGGAGCAGUGACAUACCAAGGCUUCGCCUGAACCUGAAUCCCAAUCAGACGCAGACAAAAAAGAGAGGCAUUUAAAGGCAAGCAGUCAUCAAUCCGAACACCAGUGAGUGAAAGUCAUCUGUUUUGGAUGGGCCUUUGAAACAUCCACCCUUCUUCCCACCACCUCUUCCUCCCUCCUCCCUCUCUGCCUGAUUCCCUGUGACAUCCGUCCUACCUCAGAAGCCCGCUCCUCCGCUCUGCACCCCUCCAUCAGCGGUGCUCUGUCGCCCUGGGUGAGUGGGAAGGGGGGUGGCCCACGGUACCCCCCGACAACUGGGCGCCACCAAGCCAUCAGAGGCUGGUGAGGCGGCGACAGGGUCAACCCUGGGAAGAUGGCCGCUCUUGCCAGCUCCCUCAUUCGCCAGCGCAGGGAGGUCAAGGACCCCCAGGCAAACCGGCAGGUCGCCAGCAAGCGCAAGCCUUGCCCAAGAAGCAACAAGUCACUCUGCCAGAAGCAAAUCCUGAUAUUAAUAUCCAAGGUUCGACUAUGUGGCAGUCGUGGGAGAAAAAUGGACAAAAGACCAGAGCCGCAGCUGAAGGGCAUCGUCACACGGCUCUACUGCAGACACGGCUUCUACCUCCAGAUGCUGCCGGAUGGCACCAUGGAAGGCACAAAGGACGAAAGCAGCUCCUUCUUGCAGUUCAACUUGAUUCCUGUGGGUCUCAGGAUAGUGGCCAUCCAGAGCACCAAGACAGGUCUCUAUGUGGCCAUGAACAGCGAGGGCUACCUCUACACUUCGGAGCACUUCACGCCGGAGUGUAAGUUCAAGGAGUGCGUGUUUGAGAACUACUACGUGACCUACUCGUCCAUCCUGUACAGGCAGACACAGUCCGGGCGGGCGUGGUACAUCGGCAUCAACCGGGACGGACAGGUCAUGAAAGGGAACCGCGUCAAGAAAACCAAGGGAGCUGCUCACUUCCUGCCCAAACUCAUUGAAGUGGCCAUGUACAGGGAGCCCUCUCUACACGAUGUUGCCGAGCAGAGCCCGCCAAGGAAAACGCCCAAGACCUCCAGUGACACGCCCGUGCAUCAGAAUGGCAAGAAGGACCCUCAAUCCAAAACCAAAACUUCAACCUCCUAGC